CUGGGGGCCUCGGCUGGGGUUUCUCAACUUCUCAGCCAUGGAUUGCACUUCUGCAAUAGGAAUUCACACUUCCCUUUUCUGUCCUAAAAGGAAAAAGAAAGAAAACAAAAAAAACUGAUGAGCAUUCUGACACAUCACAACCCUGAACUGUGGCCGUAAAUGUCAUCCUUAGGAGGGCCUGGGACUCACUUCCUCCUGAGAGCUCACAGCAAAAGCGCCAGAGCCAGAUGUGCCCUUGGAGUUAAGGCUCCCGCCCAUGGAAAGACCCCUCACCGUCCUGCGGAUGAGCCUGUACCACCCCACCCAGGGCUCUGCUGUCUUCGCCACUGUUCCACAGAGGCUGCAGCAUGACACCAGCCCGCUCCUAGUGGGGCGAGGCCUGGACGCCCACCUCCAGCUGCAUCUCCCCCGCCUGUCCCGCCAGCACCUGUCUCUGGAGCCCUACCGGGAGAAGGGCAGUGCUCUGCUGUCCUUCAGCCUCAAGGCCCUGAGUCGCAGGGGCUGUGUGUGGGUCAACGGGCUGGAGCUGAGGUUCCUGGAACAGGUCCCCCUGAGCACCGUCAACAGAGUCGCCUUCGCGGGGAUCCAGAUGGUGGUCCAUGUAGAGGGAGGCGCCUCCCUGGAGGCCUUUGUCUGCUGUGUCCACAUCAGCCCCUCACCCCUGAUUUACAGGCCCCAGGCUGAGGAGACUGAUGAAUGGGAAGGCAUCCCCGAGGAGCCACCUGCCCCGGGUUCAGAGCCACCGGUUCCAGGUCACCUGGGCUUUCUCCAUGGCCCUUCCCCGGCUGCGGACAGCUCACCCCAGCCAAGCACUGGAGGAGGAACAAAAAUACAGCUCCAGAGGGAGCCCGCAGACGGCGCGCUCUGCUAGCCCCGCUGCCACCGGGAGCACACCAUGGCUGAAACCGGACUUGAAAUAUUCUAACUACAUCAUGCGACGUUGACAAGCGAGGCCUGCCUGGCUAAUAAUGAACCAAUUCUGCAAACAUGAACAGCCUGGGGCGGGGAGGGCUUGCGCGCCCUCCCCGUUUCCAACUCUGCAAGGCAAUGGGAACUUCAUAUACUUUUAGAGGCCCUGAGGGGCCCUGGGAGCCCCUCGCAGCGUUUCCCCACAUUUCACGGUCUUGUCUGACUAGGAGUUACUUUAUGUUGCUAAUUUUGUGUGCCGCUUAAGAGCGGGAGUUUGAGGUUGCUGCAGGAAUGCAUGGACACAUGUAACAAUUACGUUUGUGGUAACUGGGGGUUACCUUCGGCUUUCAAAUACCCACAGGCACUGGGGGCUUAGGGAAGCCUGUGUUUAAUAAACUGCAAGUAUUUCAUUAAGCUGGCAUACCCAAUAGGAUUCCCUGAUCCCCAGAUGGGCUGCAUGCAUGCCACGCUGUCACGCAGAGGCAGGGGCGGGAACUACACAAGAGGUGUAAGAGGAAAUUGGAAAGGUGGGGGCUCGCAUUUCUGAAAAGAAUGCAAGCAGAGCUCAGGGCUUCCUGGGCGUGGGGAGCCGGGGCCUGGGCCUGCCGGAGAAUUCCUUGCCACCGUCAUCCUCCUCAUCCUCACGCUCCCGGCUCUCGGUCAUUUCUGGAUCAAAGCCUUGGCUGACCAGAGGGCACAGGUCUUCAGGAAAAGGUGGCUUCCCAGAGAACGGGGCUCUUUCAGGACUCAGUCUAUGAGCGGUGUGGUGGGGGGUUGUGUUAGAAUUCAACCCAGCAGUUAUUUCACUGAGGGUAGGUCGUUUCAAAUAAGAGACCAGUGGGGGCCCAGGCAGGCCAUGGAGGGAUAGAUUUCUCAGUGAACAGAUGAGCAGAGCAGCAGUGUCUGUGAGGCACGGCAUCCCCUCGGGCCGCAUGUCAAGGGGGACACGAGAGGCAAGAAGCGCCGUGAGGACGUGAUGGCAGACGUACCGGAGAGCUCUGUGUUGGCCAUGGCCUAGAGCAGAGGCCACGGCUGAGCACGGGCAGUCCCACGUGGGGCACUGGCACACUGUGACCACGGUUCCCAUGUCUGUUUCUCGUGGGACCUCACGCUCCACACAGACAGGACCACGGAUUGUUCAUUGUUAUGUUCCCGGUGGCCACCUUGGAGCUGGGCAGAGGGUAGACAGACAGACAGACAGGCAUAGUGGCCAGGGAAGCAGUCACCUUGGCUGUGCUAAGGCAACUUCCAGGUUUCCCAGGGCAGGUGAGGGUAGGGUCGGACAAGAAGCAGGUUGGACAGCUGGGCCAGAUAGGGCGAGAAGUCUCAGGCAGACAGGAGAGGCAAAUGUCUCUCACUUGCGCUGGGCCUCAGGGGGCAGCCCAGACUCUCAGGCUGGGUCUGAACGAGGCUGGUGCUUCUGCCUCAUUCUUGAGCCUCUGCAGCCCAAACUCAACCAGAACUCUGCGUGUUUGGUAUUCUGUGUGGUGACUACUGAGGAAGGUUGACAGAUAUGACAGUGCCCCAUGCCACCAGGAGAGCUCUCAGCCAGCACUGCCUGCCCCAAACAGAGGCACAGAGACAGGCGCCUCCAGGAGACCUGGGAGGGCUGCAAGCAGAAGCAGUCAGGAUGGCAGGACUGAGCCUUGGCCUGUGGCUCACCAAGUCUCCCCCAGCCCUCACCUCUACCCAGUGCAAUGGAGGCCAGCCCAUGCAACCCCCUCCCCCAAACACACACCAGGAACAUCCUCCCUGUACCAACACCCCGCCCACACAGGCCAGACCUCUUUAAGAGAUUCCAUGUGACUGUAGGAAGCUAAGAUGUUGCCUUGCUAGAGCUAUCUGCAUUUUCAAAGACAGGACUGGAGAGGGUAACGCUGGCCCAGAGGACUGAGCUUCCCUGUAGAAAGAGGGGCGCUUAAAGUCCCACAGUAGGCAAACAUUUCCCCUUCCCCUCAAAUGGAUGGUCCCUUCAUACAUGUAUAAAGCAAGAUGUAAUCCAGGGGCUGGCUCAAGGUCUCCUUGUGACCGAGUCAUAGAGUGAGACGGAACUACGAACUAAGUCAGUGAUGGCGAACCUAUGACAUGCGUGUCAGAGGUGACACACGAGCUCAUUUUUUUUGGUUGAUUUUUCUUUGUUA